AUGGCAGCAAGCACUCACACUGACGCAGAGCCUGAAGUCACUAUGGGGACAAUGAAGGCCUAUGAACAGGCGGCCGUCCAUGGAACUUCUAUCUCUGAUAAUAUUGGGCCCGCUGCCGGGCAACCAGUAUUCACCCUUUACGAAGCGCAAUUCAACAUUAGGGGAACUGCAGAUGCCAAUUGGUAUCUCAGUUUUGAGGCUGCUAACCCCAAAGUACUCGGAUGGAAUCUAUAA